AGUCCAACAUGCACUGCGUGAACAGCUAAUGUUUGGUUUUAUAUUUUUGUUUUAACUCCAAGAUUUGCAUGUAUUAAUAAUUUAUAUUAAAUAUAAAUUUUACUGUCAAAAACAAGGUAUUAAAAACAAUAAUUUAUUUAUUAUUAUCAUAUCAGUGUAACAAUGAGUUCAAAAGAAAACAUAGUUCCCACAACUAAAAAUGUGUCAGUGAAUAAUACAAAACCGUACGGUAGCAUUGUGUUAACCUUACAAAACUGUUUAUUGCCAGAAGAAAAAUUAAUUACCACUCCGUCUCGAUUGGAUGGAUUGGAUGCCGAGACGGAGAUAGAUUUGCGAAUUUAUGGCUGCGAGCUGAUCCAAACAGCUGGAAUCUUGUUGAAAUUACCACAGGUCGCGAUGGCCACAAGUCAAGUCUUGUUCCAGAGAUUUUAUUACAGUAAAUCUCUGGUGAGACACGACAUGGAGAUCACCGCCAUGGGCUGUGUUUGCUUGUCAAGUAAAAUCGAAGAAGCACCUCGAAGAAUCAGGGAUGUAAUAAACGUCUUCAAUCACAUCAAACAGGUAGCCAAUCAGAAAACAAUCCAACCAGUAAUUCUUGAUCAAAAUUAUGUAGCUCUGAAAAAUCAAGUAAUUAAAUCAGAGCGUCGAGUUUUGAAAGAGUUGGGCUUCUGUGUUCACGUGAAACAUCCUCACAAGAUAAUUGUCAUGUACUUACAAGUAUUGGGGUAUGAAAAAAAUCGGGCUUUGAUGCAAAAAUGCUGGAAUUACAUGAACGAUUCGCUGCGUUCAGAUGUAUUUUUACGACACCAUCCAGAAACAAUUGCUUGCGCUUGUGUUUAUUUGGGCGCUAGAGAGCUCCAACUUCCUUUGCCAUCACAGCCUCCUUGGUUUGCUUUGUUCAAGGUCAAAGAAUCGGCCAUCAGAGACGUUUGUAAGUGUAUUCUGAGGCUGUAUUCUCGCCCGAGGAUAAAUUCCGAGCAGCUGGAGAAAAAAGUCGAGGAACUAAGGCGAAAAUUCGAAGAAGCUAGGUCCAAAGCACGCGGCGAUGCUGAAGGACACACUCCCAGUCCUCCUCUUCCGAAGCACCACAAUGCUUGGGGAGGUUUCAUCAGCCGUAGUGGAACUCAUGCCGUUCCAGAACGAGCGAAAUCACCCAAGCACUCAAAAUCUUCCAGCAAUGCUUCGGGGUCUGUUCAACGGAGUGAAGAAACUAAACAUAAUAAGCGGAAGAAGCACUCAAGUAGAAGCAGAUCCAGGAGUCACAGUCGCAGUCGGACUCGCAAGACCAAAAAAACUCACCGUCAUAGAUCUGGAAGUCAUAAAUCUCGCAGUAGAUACAGAUCGCGUAGUUAAUACGCUUUUUUCUAAAAGAUUAAUUAUAGGAUUAAUGUUUAUUUCAAUAAUAUUGUAAUUAACUUUUGUUUAGUUGAAAAUAAAUUUGUGAAUUAAAAAUAA